CCAGCAAACGUUGCAGAUCGGAUCUCCGUUUGUCUACGCUGGCCGCUCGGUGGCAAUCCCGGAGGGCGGCUCUGAUCGUUGGAGGAAUCCUUUACAGUUCGGCUCUCGAGCGUUGGGUAGAGGGGUGCGCGCGCGCGCGUGUCUGUAGCGGACAGCUCGGGUCCCUCUCCCAGCCCCGCGCCCGGUCCAGCGCCUCCGCCACAGCCCGCCCAGCCGGGAGACGCGCGCGCCACCGGCCUCGCGCGAGAUGGAACCGACCGAGGUGCUAAAGCCACGAACCCUGGCCGAUCUGAUCCGCAUCCUCCACCAGCUGUUCGCCGGCGACGACGUCCAGGUAGAGGAGGUGCAAGCGGUCAUGGAAGCCUAUGAAAGCCAGCCCGGCGAGUGGGAACAGUACGCCAAGUUCGACCAGUACAGGUAUACCCGAAAUCUUGUGGAUCAAGGAAAUGGAAAAUUUAACCUAAUGAUUCUCUGUUGGGGUGAAGGACAUGGCAGCAGUAUCCAUGAUCACACCGACUCCCACUGCUUUUUGAAGAUGCUACAGGGCAAUCUAAAGGAGACACUAUUUGCCUGGCCCGACAAAAAGUCCAAUGAGAUGAUCAAGAAAUCGGAAAGAAUCUUGAAGGAAAACCAGUGUGCCUACAUCAAUGAUUCCAUUGGCUUACAUCGGGUAGAGAAUACCAGCCACACAGAGCCUGCUGUGAGCCUUCACCUGUACAGCCCACCUUUUAACACGUGCCAUGCCUUUGAUCAAAGGACAGGACAUAAAAACAAAGUCACCAUGACAUUUCAUAGCAAAUUUGGAAUCAGGACGCCAUUUACAACUUCCGGAUCACUGGAGAACAACUAAGGAGCACCGGAUCUCGUGGUUUUCUCUAAGGUCCACUGAACAUUUUGCCUUGAACAGGAAGUUCUCCUGCCACUUGCUAUCCAGUAAUAUCCUGAACUAAGCCAAUACUUAGAUCCACUGUAGGGCGAGUACCAAUUGGAAGGCGUUAAGUAUACGACUAUUAUAUUGAGCUACUGCAUAAGAAAAUCCCAUUAAAGAAAAAAAUCUUUUGUGAUUUUAAAGGUCCAAAUCAACUGCUCUCCUGGUUCUAGCCUUUAAUUCUAUUGGCUCUAGACUAAGAAUGUCAAUGUAGGUUUUUUAUCGGUUUGGGAAAUUCUUUGGUCUCUGUACUAUCAUUAGCAAUAAGUAAAAACAAGAAACUACAAAUAGCCUGCCAUGCUACCAGGAGGACUAAGUGUAGGUGUCUUUGAUGUACUUUGUAUGUUCUUAAUAUUUGAAGAGAAUAUUUUGAAAUCUGUGGAUUUUAUUUUUCAAUCUUAUUUUACAAAUUCCUUUUCUAUGACUCAUAGGUGGUUGAGAUAGGAAACGUAAGGCAUUAUGCUAUUUGUUAAUGAAACAUUAAGGGUAGGGAGUCUUAGGGAACUCCGUGUGUCUAACCUCACAACAAACCAAAAAUAAAUUCAUGUCUAAUGUAUCCAGCAGCCACAGUCAACGACUUCUUAAUGCUGCCAAAAUUGCCAAGUACUUUUAAUAAAACUGGAUUUGAACACA